AUGAGUGGCGUUCGGCGGGUCGUGCUGGGCGGGGUCGUUGCGCUCUGGCUCGCACUCGCGGCGGGCCCUGGUCUGGCUUUCUCGCCCGACGAGCCGCUCGCCGACCCGGCGCUUGAGGUGCGCGCCCGCGCGCUCCAUGAGGAGCUUCGCUGCCUGGUGUGCCAGGGCCAGUCCAUCGCCAAUUCCAAUGCGGCGCUUGCUCAGGACAUGCGCGCCAUCGUCCGCGAGCGCCUCGCUGCCGGCGAGAGCGACGCGGACGUGCGGGGCUUCCUCACCGACCGCUACGGCGAUUACGUCCUGCUCGACCCGCCGUGA